UUGAGAAAGUCAAGUUCACAGCACCAGGGACAGCAUAAAGCAGUAUCCUUUUCAUCCUACCAUUUCAGGGUCCUCCUUGUAGAAUCUGAUCCCUGCUUUUCUUUUCUUUUUCUUUUUUUCUCAAACCUCAGGGCUUCUGAAUGUGUCUCCAUCUCCGUGAACCAGCGGUGACCCGUCCGUCGGUUUUGCCUUCUCCUAGCUCAUGCAUUCUUUGAGUCUUGGUAACGGGAAUGUUUUGUCUGGUCAGACUCGGAAGCCGCCAGCAGGAUAGAACCAACACUGAGGACUCAUGACUUUGUCGGGAGGAGCCUGGGAAAAUGGAGCUGUGGAUGGCACACCUCUGAACCAGCUGCAGCUUCUUGUCUCCAGCUUUAAAAGCUCUCUGGAAGUGACAUGAUAUCCAGAAUCUUCUCUAAGUACGAACAAGGAAAUGUUAAAGUUUCUGUUCAAUAUGUUGAAGUCUUAUGUUUUGAAAAGAGCUAGAAUGCCAAGGGCAAGGAAAACCCCAGCACUCUGCCUGUCCUCCUGUGAGACCCUGGUAAUUGUCUAACAAAUCAUCAGGUGUCCCCUGAGAUGGAACAUCUGCUAGGAAAGGAUCCAGAACCCAAAGAUGCCUAUGGGUUUGUCUUCUUCCAGAAGUAGCUAGUGGUUCUUUCCUGGCCAUGCCUUGAGGUCUUUUUUGCUGUGCUCUGUUCUGAUGUAUGGCCUCCACAAUUGUGCAGCCGAAGGAUGACCUUGCUCUUUGGGUGGGACAACAGUGAAGGAGGGAGCCGUGUGUGUAGAAGUCUGUGGAAAGAGAGCAACACUGAGUAUGUCUUUGCCAAACCAGUCCAUAGAAGGCCUUUCCCAGGAGGCCUCCAACAGAUCCCUGAAUACUACAGGGACUUGGGACCCACAGGUCCUGCAGGCACUCAAAAUCUCCCUUGUAGUUGUCCUUUCCGUCAUCACACUGGCCACUGUACUCUCCAAUGGCUUUGUACUUACCACCAUCCUACUCACCAAGAAGCUCCACACCCCUGCCAAUUAUCUCAUUGGCUCCUUGGCCACCACCGACCUCUUAGUUUCUAUCUUGGUCAUGCCCAUCAGCAUAGCCUAUACCACUACCCGCACCUGGAACUUUGGCCAAAUCCUGUGUGACAUCUGGGUGUCUUCUGACAUCACAUGCUGUACGGCCUCCAUCCUGCAUCUCUGUGUCAUUGCUCUGGACAGGUACUGGGCCAUCACUGAUGCCCUGGAAUACAGCAAACGCAGGACAGCGGGGCACGCAGCGGCCAUGAUAGCGGCAGUCUGGGCCAUCUCCAUCUGUAUCUCCAUCCCACCGCUCUUCUGGCGGCAAGCCACAGCUCAUGAGGAGAUGUCUGACUGCCUGGUGAACACAUCUCAGAUCUCUUACACCAUCUACUCCACUUGUGGGGCCUUCUACAUCCCAUCCAUCUUGCUCAUUAUCCUGUAUGGCCGCAUAUAUGUGGCUGCCCGGAGUCGCAUCCUGAACCCACCAUCCGUCUAUGGGAAGCGCUUCACCACGGCACAGCUUAUCACAGGCUCUGCGGGCUCUUCACUCUGCUCGCUCAACCCCAGCCUCCACGAGAGCCACUCACACACAGUGGGCUCCCCUCUCUUUUUCAACCAGGUGAAAAUGAAGCUUGCAGAUAGCAUCCUAGAACGCAAGAGGAUCUCUGCAGCCCGGGAAAGGAAAGCCACUAAGACCUUGGGCAUCAUUCUGGGGGCCUUUAUCAUCUGCUGGCUGCCUUUCUUUGUGGUUUCCCUGGUUCUCCCCAUCUGCAGGGACUCCUGUUGGAUCGACCCAGCCCUCUUUGACUUCUUCACUUGGCUAGGUUAUUUAAACUCCCUCAUCAAUCCCAUUAUCUACACUGUGUUCAACAAAGACUUUCGACAAGCAUUUCAAAAAGUUGUCCAUUUCUGGAAGGCCUCCUAGUCAGAUUUGGGGGUGACUCUUGCUCAUCUGUUUUGUUCUGUAACCUGACUAAGGUUGCCUUUUUAAAUUAUUUUGUUUCUCUGAGACUUGGGUUGAUGUGUGCUAUCUUGGGUCUUGGAUUAAUCAAUAGACUUGUUCUGUAUGAAUACUGCCAGAAUCUUCUAGACUUCUGAGUCACCUAAAUCUAGGCCAUUGUGUGAAAGGGGACAGGACUGAAGAUGUCCCUUAACAUAAUAUUUUCAUGGUUCUCUGGAUUGGAAGAAAUAUAAGCUACAGGACUGAGGUGAGGAACUGUCUAUUCUCUAACAGGCUCAAAGGGAAGGCCUUCUGGUCUACCUGGGAUUUUUUUUGUUUGUUUGUUUCCUUUUGUUUUGUUUUGUUUUUCGAGACAGGGUUUCUCUGUAGCUUUGGAGUCUGUCCUGGAA